AUGGAUUUAUCAGAGCACAAUUACUUGCCAUGGGAUCUAAUAAUAGCGAUAUUGACGAUGCUGCCGGCGAAAACCCUUCUUAGAUUCAGAUGUGUUUGUAAAGCUUGGAGAUCUAUGAUCGAUUCGUCAGAUUUCAUCAAUAUGCAUCUUAAAGUUUACAAUACUAAUAAAAAUCGUAUAUUAGUGCGGGAGAUUUAUAUUGACAAACGAUCAAGAACUUAUACAAUAUAUAGUACGAGUGGUAUAGGCCUCUUAAUUAAAAGUGCUCAAUUAUAUGAAACUUCUAUAUUUUACUCUCUCUAUGGUUGUUGUAAUGGGUUGAUGUUGGUGAGGCCGCAGUACUCGUCGUACCCGGGCCCUCGAACUCCCUUGAUACUGUGGAACCUGUCUAUUAGGAAGUCUUUGAUUCUUCCCCUUUGCCCUUUGGUCCCUGCAAGCUAUGCUCUUGGAUAUGCUCCUUGUAAUGAUUAUAAAGUGGUCGCUUUAGAAAGGAAUCGUAAUUCAAAGGCACUAUUAGAAGUACCCAUUGCUGUAUAUUCGCUCAACGACCAUAGUUGGAAGACAAAAACUAAUUCAGGGAUUGUUGUCGCAAGCUCAUGUUUUGAUAAUAUGCAAAGAAGGGGUGUUUUCUAUCAAGGGGCUUUAUACUGGGUUGGAGCUAAUUAUUCAUCUCAAGUUCUUUUUCGAUUUGACUUCGAUACUGAGGAACUUACCUUGUUGGAAAUUCCGGAUUCUCGGAUUAAACUCAUUGAAGGUAGGACUUAUGCUUUCCUCCUCGGUGACUCAAUAGCAGUUUGCAGUUUAUCUUGGCAAAGUACUCCCACUCGUAUAUGGAUACUGGAAAAGGAUGGUGCAAAGGAGGCAUUGAGGCUUUGGCUUUCCGUGGAUGGAAGUACGAGUUGCUCUGAGAAUUAUCGCUCUCCUCCUACAAGGAUUCUUUAUGUUUGCAACAAAAACAUACUUUUGAUGGAUCACGUAGUGAGCAUGAUAUCUUAUGAUUUCACGAAUCAUCAAAUACGAAACUUAAGGGAUUCUUUACAAGGUUAUUGUGUAUAUUUUGAUACGUAUGUGGAGAGCUUGGUGAUGAACAAAGGAUCGAAAGGGCAGACUUUGACAUUCCUUCCACAAAAAGAGUCGGAUGAAUCAAGAAAUGAUUUUAAUUUAACCGAUCCACAAAGAAGGAGAAUAGUGUGA